AUUCUGCAUUUGACUCAUAUUAGAAGGGUGCUCGGAAUAAUUUACCAGACUAUAUAUAUAGAAACUCGUUACAUUCCAUGUAUAGAGUCAGCUCUUCUUAAAAGAUGACUAAAAUUCCCUCUUUCCUCCUUAAAUUGCUACUUGUCUUGAUAUUUGCUGGAUGGUUAUCACUUUGGCUUCUCAAGCCCACGCAACUAUGGACUAAAAGUUGGAAAAUUGCAGAAGCAAAGGCAUCAACCUCAUUCUUAACCCAAGCUGGUCUUAAUUUUGCAGUCUACACCUUUCCUGUUAUUGCUAUAGCUAUAGUAGGUUUUAUGUACUUGGAACUGAAACAAAAGGAACCAACCAGCAGGAAAGGAAGAUCUUCACUAUCUGUUCUUUCCAAUCCACUAGUUGUGAAUAGGUAUAUAGGAAUUCUGUCUGGGUUUGAAAUCCUUGUUGUAUCUCUAUUCGUCAUCUUUCUAGCAUGGACAUUCUACGCUCGUAUCUCCAGUGACUUCAAGAAGAUGAUACCAAUUAAAUCAUUUACUUUGCCCGUAUGGCAAUACAGAAUCUUUAGAGUCGCGACAAGGUGUGGUUUAUUAGCAGAAGCCUGCCUAGCUCUUCUUCUUCUUCCCAUCUUGAGGGGGAUGUCAAUAUUUCGAUUACUUGGCAUCCAAUUUGAAGCUUCCGUGAGAUAUCACAUUUGGCUUGGGACAGCAAUGAUAUUAUUUGCCACUUUACAUGGUGGAGGUACUUUUCUAAUCUGGGGUAUGAAACAUCGCAUUGGAGAUGAGAUGUGGAGAUGGCAAAAGGUAGGGCGUAUUUACCUUGCUGGGGAGAUCAGUCUUGUUACAGGAUUGGUCAUCUGGAUCACAUCACUUCCACAGAUCAGAAGGAAACGAUUCGAGAUCUUCUAUUAUACACAUCAUUUGUACAUAGUGUUCAUACUAUUUUUCCUGCUUCACGCUGGAGAUCGCCACUUUUACAUGGUUUUCCCUGGCAUUUUUUUGUUUUGCCUUGACAAGAUACUCCGAAUAAUUCAAUCAAGGCCAGAAACGUAUAUUCUUUCUGCUCGAAUCUUCCCUUCCAAAGCCAUAGAGUUGACACUGCCAAAAGAUCCAAGGUUGAAGUAUACACCAACAAGUGUGAUUUAUGUCAAGAUUCCAAGGAUUUCAAAUUUUCAAUGGCAUCCUUUUAGCAUAACUUCUAGCUCCAAAGUUGAUAAAGACACGAUCUCUAUUUUGAUCAAAGCUGAGGGACGGUGGACCAGCACUCUCUAUAAUAUGCUACGUUCAAAGCCUGAUGCAGAAGCUGAUGGAAUGAGGUUUUUUCACGUAGCAACAGAAGGCCCUUAUGGACCUUCAUCACUGGAUUUUCUAAGAUAUGAUAGUCUACUUCUAGUUGCAGGUGGAAUUGGGGUUACACCAUUUUUUAGCAUUCUGCAAGAAAUUGCCCCAGCAAGAAGUAACAAAAAUGUAUCACCUGUAAAAGUACAGCUUGUCUACACCAUAAAAGAUUCCCAAAGCAUCUGCUUGUUAGAUCCAGUUCUACCGCACGCUUUUGAUGCAGAACAAAGUUAUCUAAAACUGAAAGUGUUUGUCACGCGGGAACACCAAUCCAAUAGAUCCCUACGUGAAGUGCUAGUUGAGGUCUCUAAAAUACAAACCAUUCAUCUCGCCAACAAGCGUUCUGGUCAUGCAGUAUAUGGACUUGAGAACUUGCGAUGGAUGGCCGUCCUCCUUUUGUUGGCAUCUAUCAUUUUUCUAGCAUUCCUUAGCAUCUUCAACCAUAUUAUUAUCAGGCCUAAUAAAAAGUCAGCUGAACAAAAAACUGCCUCCUCAAUAGUGGACCUUCUUCUCAUAUGCUCAUUUGCAUUAGCACUAAUAUCCAGCACCUUAGUGGCUACCUUAUGGAGAUGGAAGAGGCUAAGUGAAGAAAUUCCACCAUUUUCUGAAAAAGAAAGAAAACCAAUGAAACCAACAGAAUCAAACAGAGGUUUUGAUCAACAUGAAAUCCAUUUUGGAGCAAGGCCAAACUUUAAAGAUAUAUUUUCCCAGUUUGCUAAUGAAUCCAAGGGAUCCAACAUUGGUGUCUUCGUUUGUGGGCCUGAGACAAUGAAAGAGUCCGUAGCUAUAACUUGCCAUCAAUAUUCCCAGACUUCCCAAAGCAGAGGACAAGAACAAAAGCCAUCCUUCAGCUUUCAGUCGUUAAAUUUCACUCUGUAAUAGUCUUUGUGAACAUUGGUCGAACACAUUGUCUACAAUGAACUAAAUAAAGUCUUUGGCCUUUAUAAUCAA